UUUUGUUUUUAACUAGCAGAUGUGCAUUUAUAUACAUGUCAAAUAUAUAACUCUCUUCCUUUGUCUCUACACAGCGAUAAGUAUGUGGUUGCUGCUGCUGACGCAAGUUCAGGACAAUUAUUGUGCUUCAAAAGCUGAUGCAUCUUUCCCUCGCGUCGUUCCGAACAGCCUUCAGCACUUUGAAUACCAGCCCAUCUCUUUUCACUGUGAGGGGUUUGAUGGGGAAGUCGGGGGGAGAGUGAUGAGUAAGACCCAAAGUAAAAACGCCACAUGUGGUACUACUAAAUGGCGAAGUUCGGGCGGAUCCCUCUGCAUCAUCAGAAAUGUUUACAAAGAAGACAGUGGAGAGUACUGGUGUGAGACAGGAGACGGGAAGAAAAGCAACACUGUCAACAUCACUGUUACAGCUGGGUCUGUGAUACUGGAGAGUCCUGUCCUUCCUGUGAUGGAGGGAGAUGCUGUGACUCUACGCUGCAGACACAAGUCAGAUUCAACCAACCUCUCGUCUUCCUUCUAUAAAAAUGGCUGCCUCAUCAAGCGCGUCUCAGAUGACAACAUGACCAUCUCCAGUUUCUCCAGGUCUGAUGAAGGACUCUACAAGUGCAGCGUCUCUGGAGCUGGAGAAUCAGCAGAGAGCUGGCUGACUGUCAGAGGCGAGAUUGUAUUACAACUCUUUACCAUUAUUUAUAUCAAGAUUUACAUGCUUGCUGAGCUGCUAAUGGUGGCUAGCUAGCUUAUCUAAUUAGCUGUGGUCAACAGUACUCUGCUUUUGUCCACUACUGUUGGCCACAGCCGUAAAACAUGAACAAUUUAAAUAGUAAGGUAUAACAAAAAUAUAAUAAUUUGUAUGUUUUAUUCACUAAAUAGUUGUGUGUUCUGACAUUAGCGUUGUCAUUCCAGAGUAUCACAGAGAGACUAUCCACAUUUGCUCCGAUCAACUUCCUGUUGUGCUCUACCUCCUCAUAAGGAUGGUCGGCACCGCUUUAUGGACGGCCCUGCUGCUGCUGCUGCUGAGAAAACGUCACUGUGGGAGACAGCUGACGAAUCUGGACAGAAGAGAAGCUGUGAUAACCUGACCAGACAAAUUAAUGAGUAAACCAUGCAACAUGUCAUCUUUACAGUCAAGUGCAACUGACUUCAUCUUUGUUUUCUUUUUGUCUUUUUUCUUUCUGUGUUUUUAAUUCAGUCGAAUAAAAUAACAUUUGUCAGAAGUCUCAGUGACAUUUGUAGUGUUUUUAAACCACCCCACUUUUCUAUAAUGUGAGUGUUUAACCCUGAUAAAGCCUGAGCAGAAUAACCACAAUGUCUCUGCAGCUCUGUGAAUAGAAGCAGUGGGUGUGUUCUCACUCACAGGUAUCUGAAGUCACGUAGUUUGGUUUUGAGAAGCUGCUGAAUCUUUGAUGUCUUAAAUAACUUGUACAUCUGAA